AUGCUGGAGGGAGGAGGAACAGCAGGUGCUGUGUCCAAAAUCACACUUCCCGAGGCUUGUCCUCAGGCUCGAGUGGGUGAUGUGAGCUUGGGGACCCCUGGGUGGGGGCUUGCAGUACCCGGUGCGCUGGAGCAGCACAUCAGUGGCUUUCCCAGCUGGGAGCUGUGGAGGGCACCUUGCUGCCAGCCGCCAGCUGCAGCCAGCGGGUGCGUGACCACGGUCCUGUCCCCACGUCCUUGGCGUCUUCCUGGCUGGUUCGGCGGGGCUGAGCGCUGCCGUGUGUGCGCCCUCUGUGACAGGGAGGCCUCUGCCUCCCAUGGCCACCGAUGGGGCAGCUUCCAGGGCAGGAAGGAGUUCCAGGCUGGGCCAAGCACCAAGAGGGGACUGGUGCGGCGCUGCCCGGACGGUCUUUCCCGCGGGCACGCCUACCGGGCCCCCCGUGCGGCCCAGAGAGGGCGGAGCCCCCCGCGGCCGCUGUUGUCAGAGCAACGGCAGCGGCGUUGGCAACGGUACCCCCGCGACGCCUCCGGCCGCCCCGCAGCCAUGGCCAGCCGCGGCCCGCCCCAGCCCAACCAGUACGGCGGGGCGGCGAGGGCCACCCUCGGGCAGAGCCCCUUCGCCUCCAGCCCGCACCAACUGCCCCGGGGCCGCCCCCCUCUGAACCGGUGGAGGGCAGAGGAGAGCAGGGAGAAGAGGGGGAUAGUGCCCGAGGACGGCCCCGGCCCCUUCGCCAUCGUGGGGCGCCACUACCCUCUCUACCCCCGGCUGCCGGGUCGUGAUUGCUCUGACCAUGCUGUUGAGACCGUGGCCCCGUGGAGCAGGGACACGGAGCGGAGGUUCCCAGUGAGCCAUCAGCUGGGCCACCAGAGUGAUGGUCCCUACAAACCGGUCAAACGAGCCCUGCUGGCACUGACCAUUCCCCUGGAGACACUGCAGGCAGUGAAGGGCCGCAUGCUGCAGGCCAUGCUCAAGGGGCUGAGUCGCCAGACUCAUGAACAGGCCAAUGUGCGGAUGCUGCCCACCUACAUCUGUUCCACACCUGAUGGCACUGAGAAGGGUGACUUCCUAGUGGUGGAGCUGUGCCAGAGCCAUGUCCGGAUCCUGUGGGUGAACCUCCCAGGCAAUGGAAACAAGAGCAUCCAAGAGAUAUACAGGACCUUCAACAUGCCAGAGGACAUCAUGAAAGACACAGGGGAAGCGCUCUUUGACUUCAUUGCGGAAUGUGUGCAGCAAUUCUUGUCUGGCAUUGGCAGCACCCAGCAGAGCUUUUCCUUGGGCUUCAUCUUCCCUUUCAGAUGCAGGCAGGCACAGCUGGACAAAGCCGAACUCAUCUCCUGGGCCAAGGAAUUCAGCUGCAGUGGUGUGGAGGGGAAGGAUGUUGUGCAGUUGCUGCAGACAGCCAUCAACAAGCAGGAGCUCUACCAUGUGAAUGUCAUUGCCCUUAUGAAUAACACUGUGGGCACCAUGAUGACCUGCAGCUUGGAGGGGAAACCCUGUGAGGUUGCCUUGGUUGCAGACAAAGGCACCAACUGCUGCUUUAUGGCUGAGGCACGGCUGGUAGAGAUGGUGGAGGAGACCAGUGGGCAGAUGUGUAUCAACACCGAGUGGGGCUGCUUUGGGGAUGAUGGCACCCUAAGUGACAUACUGACCCCAUACGACGAGAAAGUGGACCAGGAAUCCUCCAGCCCUGGGGAGAAGAGGUUUGAAAAGAUGGUGGGCAGCUUGUACCUGGGAGAGAUCAUCCGGCACGUGCUGAUCUCCCUGGCUGCUGAGAAAGAGCUCUUCAUUGGAAGCAAUGUUGUUGUCCUGAGGACCAAGGGUGUGUUCAAGAUCCAGCAGAUCCUAGAGAUCAUUGAAAGUGAGCAAGGCACGGCCGAGGCAAAGGCAGCUCUGGAGGCUCUAGGGCUGCAUCCGAGCGAGCAGGAUUGCUGCCGGGUGCAGCAGGUCUGCCGGGUGGUUGUGAGCCGCGCUGCUGCGCUCUGUGCCGCAGGGCUGUCUGCCGUCCUCAGCUACAUGUGCCAGAGCAGGAUGCUGGAGCAGCUGGCUGUCAGCGUGGCGGUGGACGGUGAACUCUACCACUACUGCAGCAGGUUCAAAGAGAUCCUGCAGAACGUGACAGAGCUGCUGGCCCCUGAAUGCAUAGUCACCCUUGUGCCUUCGGUGGAUGGGAAUGGGCGGGGGGCAGCCAUUGUCACAGCAGUGUCCUUGCGCCUGGCGGCCCAGCGCCAAGGGGUGAACCAGCUGUUGGCCCCGCUUCGGCUUAGCCGUGCCGACCUGGAGCGUGUCCAGGCGCUGAUGAGGCAGGAGAUGGAGCUAGGGCUGGACCAGGAGACCAAUGCCACUGCCUCGGUUCGCAUGCUGCCCACCUACGUCCGUGGCACGCCCAAUGGCACUGAGCGAGGUGAAUUCCUGGCACUGGACCUGGGGGGGACCAAUUUCCGGGUACUGGUGGUGCACGUGUCAGAGGAUGGCAUCCGCAUGGCCAACCAGAUCUAUGUCAUCCCAACUGCUAUCAUGCAGGGCACCGGAGAGGCGCUCUUUGACCACAUCAUCGAGUGUAUCAUGGAUUUCCAGCAGAAACAGGGCCUGAUGGAGCAGGUUUUACCACUCGGCUUCACCUUCUCCUUUCCCUGCCAGCAGAUGGGCCUGGAUAAGGCAGUGCUGCUGAACUGGACCAAAGGCUUCAGCGCCUCAGGCUGUGUGGGCCAGGAUGUGGUCCAGCUGCUGAGGGAGGCAGCCCAGCGCAAACAGCACUUAGGGCUGGAGGUGGUGGCUGUGGUCAAUGACACAGUGGGAACGAUGAUGUCCUGUGGCUAUGACGACCCCAAAUGUGAAAUUGGCCUCAUUGUGGGGACAGGGACCAAUGCCUGCUACAUGGAGGAGAUGUGUAACGUGGGUACCGUGGAGGGGGACCAGGGCCGCAUGUGCAUCAACAUGGAGUGGGGAGCCUUUGGGGACAACGGCUGCCUGGAUGACUUCUUCACUCACUUCGACCAGCUAGUAGAUGAGAAAACCAUCAAUGUGGGCAAGCAGAGGUUUGAGAAGCUCAUCAGCGGCAUGUACCUGGGUGAGAUUGUGCGCCACAUCCUGCUGGCACUGGUGGAGAAACAGCUCCUGUUCCGUGGCAAGCCCUGCCCCAAGCUCCAGACCAAGGACAUCUUUCAGACUAAGUUUCUCUCCACUAUUGAGACGGAUGGGCUGGCCCUGAAGCAGUUACAGACCAUCCUGCAGGACUUGGAGCUCGAAGCCAGUUCUGAGGACAGCAUGGUUGUGCGGGAGGUCUGCCAGACUGUGUCCCUGCGGGCAGCCCAGCUCUGCGCUGCCAGCCUGGCUGCCGUGGUGGAGAAGAUGCGGGAGAGCCGGGGCCUGGCCCAGCUGGCUGUCACCGUUGGGGUGGACGGCACCUUGUACAAGAUGCACCCACACUUCUCCCACCACCUUCAGGAGACGCUGCGGGACCUGGCGCCCAACUGCACCGUCACCUUCCUGCUGUCCGAGGAUGGCUCGGGGAAAGGGGCUGCACUUGUGGCAGCCGUGGCUUGCCACGGGGCUGAGCCCAAGGGAGGGCCACCACUGUCACCCUAA